CAGCUCGCAGGAUACGACCCAAUCAACUGAAAUGCUUAUUCUAUUUCUAUGAUACGAACAAAAUCAAGACGCUGAGCUGCGCGAGGGUCAGAACAACAUUCGAGGUGCACCGGAGCCACACUCUGCAUACACACAACAAACCAGUCUCAAAUUAGUAGCCUAAUGGCAACGGAAGACAAAAGAAAAACGGCGGCGCCUCAGGCUUUACCGGAAACCGGAUCCCUUUCAACAACAACACCAUACAGCAAUCUAAACAAUAAUAAUAACAACAACAACAAUAACAACAAAGACAGCGAGGGAAGCGAAGGAGCCACAACAGCCACAUAUACAGCUGUUGAAUCUAGUGGGGCUGAAAAUAUCAUAGGAAACGGUUCUAAUUUUAAUGCUACUGGAGGCAAUAACGGCAAAUGGGUCCGUCUCAACGUUGGGGGGACGGUGUUUCUAACGACACGACAAACGCUGCUGAAGGAACAGACUUCAUUUCUCUAUCGACUGUGCCAGCAGCAAGACUUACAUUCGGACACGGAUGAAUCUGGUGCUUAUGUGAUUGACCGAGACCCUACCUAUUUUGGUCCCAUACUCAACUACCUGCGACACGGGAAGCUGGUUUAUAACAAGGAGCUGGCAGAAGAAGGUGUUUUGGAGGAGGCAGAAUUCUACAACAUCACAGCUCUGAUUAAAUUAAUCAAAGAGAAGAUUCUUGAACGAGACUCCAAGGCCACUCAACAGAUACCACCAAAGCACGUGUAUCGGGUGUUGCAGUGUCAGGAAGAGGAGCUGACACAGAUGGUGUCCACCAUGUCGGACGGCUGGAAGUUUGAGCAGGUCAGCGUGCGCGCCUGCCGAAAGCCCCGCCCCGGACUGCUCUGGACUAUGGUGAACAUUGGCUCAUCUUACAGCUACGGAACUGAGGAUCAGGCUGAAUUUCUCUGUGUAGUGUCAAAAGAGCUACACACCUCUGGUGGAGGCUUGGGAACAGAGCAGUGUCACAAGACUAAGACCCCGGACACACAGGAAGAGGAUGGACCGAGGGAGGAAGAGGAGGAGGAAGAGGGAGAGAGAAAUGCCACCUCCAAUGAGUGGAUUAGAGAUUAACAGAAACUUGUGUCAGUGUCCCAAUGGAAUUGCUUUUCCAGAUCCAUGGAUCCCGGAUGUAGGAUACAGAGAAUUUUAUUUUUCUAGAUAUCCAUUUGAUCAUGCUCUCAUGAUGCUGUUUUUACAGCCAUAAUUUUGUAGAUUUGUUGACUUGAGCAACAGUUAUUAGUGGGAGACAACAACUUCACAACCAGCAGCAAAAAAAAAAAAAGAAAGAAAGAAAAGGCACUUGAGGUAUUAUCAUUUAAGAAAAGACAGUUGCAUCUUAGUAAAUGGCAUAUUACCAAAGAGUGCAACCUAGUUAUGGAAUACUUAAGUAAAUAUGAUUCAAUUAAAACUGACAGGGCAGAACAAACCUGAACAUGAAGGAUCUGUCAUUUUUUAGAUAUCAUCGGGAAAUACAACAUGAUGGAAAGAUUGUGGAUAGAUUGUAAUCAGUUAUUCAAUAAAGUUUAGGUUUUGCACAUGCACUAUUGCAGAAGAAAAUGGUGACUCGGACACCAAUCAUACCCUGUUCCAUCUAGCACACAUGCACAGAUCAGAAAUGGGUAAAGUGCCAGCCGUGUCACCCUGGCAGAUCACCAGCAGGGCACUUUACCACCAUUUUCAGUCUGCAGGAAUGCAUUUUGAUAGUCACUUGCUCCAGCUAGAAGGUAAGGGUGUCAUUAGGGCCACUGGGAUGUUAUGGGCCUGUGAAAGUGUAUGUUGUGUGGAACCUGGGAUCUAGUAACUGUACCUUUUAACAAAGUUUUUGUUUGUUCAGCUAAUGUGCUGGAAGUUUUUGGUGGAUUGAUACUGUGUCACUUGUUCAUGUGCUUUGUGCAAAGGUUAUAUGUAUAUUUAUUUUCAAAGGAACAAGACUCUAAAUGGCAAUCAAAAUCUUUGAAAUCAACAUGCCUCAAUUCAACAAAUGAUAAAGUUAAGCACCUUCUGCUCCCUUUAGUCUAGAGUAGAACAAAUAAGCAUUCUUUGGGAGUUUUAUGUGUGGCUCGUUGAUUUGCAUGCCUAAGAUUAUUUAUUAGAAAUGCUGUAGUUCUGCACCAAUUUGCAUAAUGUAUCUGGAUGAGUGAAUUAUAAUUGUUUUUUUAAAUAAGAUUAUUAUUUUUUUUAUAAGAAUGCACAUACACAUUGUUCUUAGUUAAAAUAGACUUUAAAUAGUUUUAUUGUAAACACUUCAUUUUCAAUCUGUGUUUGUACUGGCAACAUGACCUGUUGGCAAGAGGCCUUCGAAAACAAUUUUGUUGCAGUGGGUCAGAGCAUUACUGGGUCAGUCAAUACUAAUUCUGUUCAUUUCAGCUGCAAUGCCACCAUGUUCUUGAACUGUGAGCAUAUGUAAACUCCUUGUGUCUAGACAGAGCAUGGUGAAUUAUGUGGAACAGCGAGGAGAUUUCAUAAACUCUGUGUGUAGAUGAUACAAAUGUAGAGCAAAGGUUUGAUGUGAUGCAAAAUGUUAUCAGUUUGUCACUGCAGUACACUAUUUACAGUGGGACUGGUUUGUUAAAUCUAUUCACUCUGCUUUAUAUUUCAGAAAUGUAUUUUAGUUUUGAAUGUUUAUAUUCAGUUGCAAAUUAUUUCUAUGGCCUUGUUUUGUUUUUAAGUUGGUCCUACUGUACAAACUGUGCCACUGUUUGAGUGUGAUCCUAAACUAUAACAUGAUCUUUCUGUAUUUAUUUCAGUUUAAUAAAUGUCAGAUCAUGUUUUGGUUUAUGUUGAAUUUUAGUUUUAACACAACUGUAUAUUGAAAAGUUAUUGUCCAAGAUGAAUUACAAUGCCAUUACUGUAUUUUUGCUUUAUGCAUUGGUUUGUAAGUUUUCUGUAAUAUUUGUUCUAGUCUGCUAAAAUAAUAUCCAGAAGCGUGGUCAUACAGCUUUGUUGGGGUUCUUGAUAAUUUCCUCUAUUUUUAGGCAGUUUGUUAAAUAGAAGCUUACUGUUACUUGUUUAUUUAUACAUUUUUUUUUUUUUUUUUAUACAUGUGCUUUAAUUGUAAUGUAUAAUCAGUUGUAAACUUGUAUUGAUAUGUACAUGGCAUAAUUCACAACAAAGGUUACACGACACUGCAUGUGUUGAGUUUUAGUUAGCGUUUAAAGGAUGGAUCAUUAGUAGUGCAUGUAUGUAUGCCAAAUAAAUGUGGAUUAAUGUCUUAGUCUUUUCAGCAAAGUAAAUUUUGCUCUAUAUUUUCAGCAGUUGAUUAGAUGUUCAAGCAGCAUUGUUGUGUAAAUAGAUAUCAAAAUAAUUCAAAUAAAGUUUAGAGUUUCUUUUUCAAAAAAAGAAAGGAGUGUGUGUGAAGUGUUCAUUGUUUAUUAUAUUAUUGACUAUUGCAUUACUAUCUGCAUAUUUAAAUUACAUUUGAACUGUAUGUUACGGUGGCCGACAGAGCUCAACGUGCUGCAACCUAAAGAAGACGCAAGCAAAUAGAAAAAAACGCAUGCAAAUAAAAAAACACCCGCAAAUUAAGAAAACAUCUUCAUCAGUUUCACAACACACGUGUGCUCCAAAUAUUCACAACACAACCAAAUACAGAAACGCGCUGCAAGUAACACAGAACACAACGGAAAUGUCUCCGGGGGAACCAAAUAAGUGACGAACCCCGCUGGGACGUGCUUAUUGCACGUGAGCAUCCCUAUGCCCUACUCCCUUCGAAGGGUAGACGGCAGAGCUCUUCAAGUGGGACUUUGGAGUGAGCAUGGCACUAGUGUGCCAUUUAUGUAGCCGUAUGGAACGCACUUGAUGAAGGAAGCGAUGAAAGACAACUUCCAAGGUAAUUAUUUUCACCUGGGAUGUUCCCAUGACAACGCAGCACGUUGUCCAUAAGCUGAAUAGCUGUUCUGAGGACAGAAAUAUAAUGCUGUUAUCAUAACGGUUGCAAAUAAAUGUAUUUUUACUUUACAAAAAAACUGUUAAAAUAUGCGUUUUAUAUAUCCGUUAUAUAUCUGUGUGUCAGUGUCUCAACUUUAAAACAUUGGACCCUACAUUACCUACACCUUCUUAUGAAACUUUUCUUUAUGAAAAUUUAAACAUAACAUUAAACAAUUUGUAUAGUGUAACUCAGAGCCAUGGAGAGAAUGGCUCUGGUGUAACUGAUGUAAAGAUUAAUAUCUUCCUUCAUGUUCUUCUUCUCUAUCUUUUUUAUUUAUUUUAGUUUUCAGCUCAUUGUUCUUUUCUCAUUUCUGAUGAUAUUGAACAUAUUGCUAAUACAUUUUGUAUCUUGUAUACAAGUUGUAUGUCAUAAAAAAUUAAUCUCUGUAUGUUUUGCGGAAAAAAAAGUUAAAAUAAAUAAAAUAAAGUAGAAUUUUGAGCUGUAAGCAAAGAGUAGAAGAACUAUAAAAAAGUAUAAUAUUCCAAUAUAAUAUUAUUUCUAUAUACAAUAUAUUACAAUAUUAUUUUAAUAUUAUAGUUUAUUUAUAAAAAAAAAAAUAUAGGCUUUCACUUCUUGUCAAUAUCAGUGCUUUGCUGUAAGCACGUCCCAGCGGGGUUCGUCACUUAUUUGGUUGCC